UAACUCACUGACACUCUCACACACACAACUGGAAGAACGUGUUUACAGUCACUGUAUUCUCUCAUCUCUACCUGACGAGACUAUCCUGGAUAUAUAGAAAACUGGGAAUGCAAACCAUCUUUAUUUGUUUGAACUGCUGGUUUUUUGGACUCGAGGACUGAGUUUUUGAGGACUGUGUGUUUUUGAAGAAGGAAUGUUGAAACUUCCCUUUCUAGUAAAUAUUUUAUUGCUCUUCUCUCCCUGCGUCUGCUACUGUUCCUGUCGAUGACAUACUGCACUUUUGGACAACCUUAGAACGAUCUAGACCAUUAACUUUGCAAGUUAGUCCGUUCUGUUUUUGGACAUUUACAAACUACACUCAACCAUGCCGGUGGUCAAAGUGGAGAAAGACAGUCCUUCUGAGAUCUCCCUGCCUGCUCCCACCCCUCCUCAUACGACCACAACAGUAUCGGAUGAACCGUCGAGGGGCCGUCGCAGGAAGAGACCCCUCCAGCGAGGAAAGCCCCCCUACAGCUACAUCGCCCUCAUCUCCAUGGCGAUAGCCAACUCGCCCAACCAUAAGCUGACCCUGGGCGGCAUCUACAAGUUCAUCACGGAGCGGUUCCCCUUCUACCAAGACAACUCCAAGAAGUGGCAGAACUCCAUCCGCCACAACCUCACCCUCAACGACUGCUUCAUCAAGAUCCCUAGGGAGCCAGGGAGGCCCGGGAAGGGUAACUACUGGGCCCUGGACCCCAACGCAGAGGACAUGUUCGAUAGCGGCAGCUUCCUCCGGCGCAGGAAGAGGUUCAAGCGCUGUGACUUUACGACCUACACGUCAUAUGUACAUGAGUCCCCUGUCUUCUCGCCUGUCCAGAUCGCUCGCUCGACCUACUCCAGCUCCGUCUACGGCUCCAAUAUGGCGGUGAGUCCCCCGUACGGCCAGCAUGGUCAGCUACCCUCUGCCUACUACCCAUCCUCCUCGCCCCCCGGGUUUGGUCCUCACUGCCAGUCCCACUCCCGCAUGUUCAGCAUCAACACAAUCAUAGGGCACCCCUCCGGGGGUCAGGGGCCCGAGAUGAUGCAGCAGCCCAGCCGGAGCUUCAGUCCAGAGGGAGGCCCCGCUGGGGGCCCCAGCCACUGUAACCUCGGAGCCCCAGCCUUCCAGGCCCAGUCAUGUGGAGGGGCCAUGCUGUCCCGCUCCUCGGCCCAUGUGGGGUUUCCCUACUCGGGCACCAAUGGACACCACCACCACCCACACCACCACCCACCUCAGGGCUCCUACAGCCAGGGACACAGCCAGGGGUAUGGAGGUUCAGGGCGCCUCCACUCCCACUCCUCACCCCACAUUGCUGGAGAUGCUGUGGAGCAUUAUGGGAGAGUGUCCCCUGGUCAGUUGGGCUCGUUGGUCCAGUAUAAUGGUGCAGGUACCACCAGCACUGGAGCCUACCUAAGACACCCCACGUACUCGGGGAACAUGGAUAGGUUCGUGUCUGCCAUCUGAGGAACUGUCUUCAAAGAAUUAUGCAUUGGGUUGGUUUUUAGGACAGAACAGUUUCAGUGGACUUUUCCGUUUCAGUUGGCGGCUGUGAGAGACAAUGGUGAUAGUGGGAUGGCAUGACUCAAAAAGAAAAGACUAAAGGACAUAAGAUGAACAGGAUUCUUCCGUCAUGUUUUGGUGUGUUGUUUUGACUUGAAUCAAUGUGCAUGUUUUGAGAUAUAAAAUGUCAUUAAUUCAGUGGCUGUGACAAAUAUGAUAUGGACUGCAAUACAAUGUAAACACGCUCAAGUAUCAAGUGCAAUGCUCAGGACACUACAUUGUUAAAUAUACAUGGUUUAAAUCCAUAUCAUGAUGCACCAUAAUGUGUGUACAGUUGAGAUUUGAGUUUAAAGGUUGUGUCUGGACUUGUAUCACUUUGUAGCUUCAUCGAGUGUAUCUCAAAUGCCUGAAUGAGGUUUUGCAGUUUGUUUUCUUUACUGUGGUGAAAAUCUGUGGUUGUAAAAGCUCAAUUUUCAUGAGUUGAAUGUGUGCAGGGUCUUUUUUUAAUGUAAAUGUCUAAAUAUAUUUGUAAUUAAAUUUAAACUGUGUAAA